UUUGUCUUGAAAUGACAGACAACUUUCGAUAAAAAAUUUCGUUUUUCACUAUUCUUCCAGAAAUGGCCGCUUCAGGAGGAAAUAUUGAAUGGUCAACAACAGUAAAACCAAUUUUAACUGCACUUUACGGUCCAUUUUUUGAUAAAAAUGAUGCCGUUGAAAUUAUACAAGCAAUCAUCAAAAGUGAAAAUGACUUCGAAACUCAUGAGGAUAUUUAUGACUUGUUCUACACAUGUUUUGCCUGUCUUUCUGCCCAUUUUAUCAGCAUCAAUGCCAGUAAUUUACCCAAUGAACAACUAGGAAUGGUUCGGGAUGCAUUUGGAGUAAUAAUAAAACAAAUACUUAAAAAACUAUCUGAAGCUGGAUUGAGUUGCGAGGAUUCAUCUACAGCGGCUCCUAAUGUCUCAGUUAAGCAGCUCCUUCUACCUUUGGUGGGGAUAUGCGGCAUCGAAGGCGGUGUUUACCCGCAAUCUGACUUAGUAAUAUUGACUUCGCUUUUGAAAAAUGCAAAACUACCCGCACAUGUUAAUGUGACAGACUCGGCAACAACUAAUAAAACCCCUGUGAUAGCAACACCUAUAACGUCUACAAGUACUGAGAAGCAGCCACCAUCUAACGCACAGCGACGAUCGGACGCGUUGCUAGAACAACUGACUACACCACUGAGGAAUCCAGUGGCUUCGGUGACGUCACAGGCCCAACUUCCCACAGCUGUCCUGUCUCCCGGGAGCAAAGAUAGUUUGGAGAGUGCUAAAGAUGGGAAUACUGCUCAACAGUCUUCUGUUGAUAUGAAGAAAUGGGUGCAUACAACUUGUGCGUCACUUUUGAUGGAGCUGCGCGCCGGCUCGACGAUCUUGAAAGUUUGUUCAUCGCUGCCCUGCCUGCAAAGAUAUCUAAACCGUUGGCAUAGUGCCAAGGAGACCGUUAUGGCGCCGCAGUUCAACUCUGAUGCCUCACUUCUCCAUUUCCUGGUGAACGAAGUGCACGUAUGCCGGCUCGCUCUGUCGCUGCCUUGUCUAGAGCCUUUCACUCCAGACCGCAUUUCGACGCUCAGUGAUAUCAGCACAGCCUGGCUGCUAUGUGCCACGGCACAGGCAUCUCUUCAUCCAAAAGACGAGGAAAGUGAACAACAGACUGCUACUCUGGUGGAAAGUGCACUAAGUCUCUACAAUACUGUUGGGGAGAUAUUCAAACAGUCUACUCGAGCUGGUGGUUACGUAUAUCAAAACCACCUAAUGAUCGGUGGAUGGGUACUGCUCUGUGGGUUACAUCAUGCUUUGGCCGGUGCUCCAUGCCCUACGACUACGCCUGGAAAGAGUCCUGCAAAAACACCUUCCAGACCUUAUAACUUGACCAAGAUGCAACAAGGUCUAGGCGUUGUAUGGGUGGCGUUAGGUGGACGGUGUCUAGCUUGGGUGGGCGCGUUGCUAGCGGACGCACGUCUCGAGGCUCUCAGUUGUGGCGACACAAUGCCGGCUUCGCCCGCUCCGUUACAUAUACUGGCGCAGCAUACCGCGCAUCAACGAGAACUGAGACUAGCCGCUGCCGCACCUCUACACCAGCUCUUAGUAGCUCUGGGCGUGGUCUGCUAUCGUAAGGCAACGAACCUAAAGCGUGCUGUGGUACAGAAGCAGCACCAAGACGCUGAUCCAGACCGCUCCGAUUCUACCGUUUACUUCCAGGACAUGAUACUGUGCUCGGAGGAUUCUGAGACUGAUGACGACAGCGAACCCUUAUUUGGACUGUGGUUCGAAUCGACUCUAGUAGCUCCAGAUUCAUCGGAUAACGGCGCAUUAUUACGCGGCUCCGCUAAUAGUGAUGCGCAAGACUCGAGCGACGCGCCAGCUAGAACACAUCAGGCCAUCGUGCCGGACAAAUCAGAACCUUAUUCAUAUAUUACGCUCGCGACAGAAGUAUUCACUCUUCUAACAGAAGAGAUCAUCAGUGAGGGCUCUGAACGUCUCGGGCCAGCGUCGCUACAGCUUCAUGAAGCACAUCAAGCGCUUCUCGCUGCAUUAGCGAAGGAUCUUGACCGGGAAACCGCACGUACUGAUACUGGUACCAUCAGUACUUGCUUCGGUGCCAAAUUGGGUGCGUUAUAUGCGUCGUUCAGUUCGGCACUAGUGCGAUACUUACAUAAUUUGACUGGCGCUCCGGCGUUCGAGUCUCUACAACCGGCUCUACAUCAGCAGUUGGUUACUGCAGGAUCAGAAAGGACUAACAUGACACCUUUACAAGUUGGUCCCCGUGUGGUGAAACUUCUCGGCGGUAUGGUACUAGGAAAGGCGGCAGCAGAACGUGAAAAUAGCAUCUUAGCGAUGUGGAAUAAGAUCGUGAAUACGCUGCAAGAGUGCGCAUUACAAGCGCAGCCGUCGCAAGACCAUGACUAUGAAGAUUUGAAUGUGGAACACGCUCAGCUUUUGGUGUAUUUAUUCCACUCACUAACUCUAAUGCAAAAGAAAUCGGUUUUAUUGAUGACAUCCAAUGCAAUUAUUAAGGUCGUAGAAACUUUAGCCAUUAGUGAGAGGAAGAAAGCCAUGACUCUAGCUCCACAUCAAUUGAUGCUCAUUACUAGAUUAAUGCUUUUGUUGGAGUACCUCAUGAGACAUCUAUAUGACGCACCUCAAACCCUUCUACAACAGAUCGAAUGGAACCUUGUCAUAGCUCCCGGUCUAGCGCAGCCAUCUUCAGAGUCCGUGACAACUGGAGCUAAGACUACUACUGAUAGUGGCUUACUGAAGGCUCGUAUAUACUGUGAAGUGCCGUACAUAGAACAAGCAUACAGACGUCUAUCGCAAGACGAAACUUCUAUGAGGCCCAAAUUCUAUGCGUUGACUAACGCCGAGAUCAAUAAUCAGGAAAAUCCUAAAUUUGACGGUCUUGCUUGUAAUUUCGUACUGGGUACGCCUCAUAAGCUGAAAUACCCGCUGUUAUUAGACGCGCUUCUGGCUCUGCUGAACUCUGCGUGCGUUUGUGAUAAUCCACAAUAUCACUCCUCCCCUACUGCUCUGGCUGCGGCUCACUAUUGCUUCCAGACAUCUUGGAGGCUAGUCAUAAGUAUGCCUCCCGCUACGCCACACAUGGACAAACUCCAAGCAGGCACAUCGGCGGAUUUGCCGUCGCCUUUACCGCUUCACGCGGUGAUCUGGGCCCCGCGCGCUGACAACAAGAAGGUUUUCAAUCCCUGGCUCAAGGACGCACUAGUCAAGCAGGGCAUGUAUACACAGUAUGCUGAGAAUUUGCUCGCAGGAGUCAGCACUUCUUGCGAUAACAUUAAAUACACAGCGUGGCUAGCCUCUGAAACUAUCAAGCAUUUGAAACAAAACAUCACAGCAACUGGGUUACCUUCCCUUAUCGACGUCAUAUCUUGCGAUUCAGCAUUAGUGAGACUGAAAGUAUGUCUCGCUGACACGACUUCGGCAACAGAAGCGCAUCAGUUUAUGCCUGAUCUUUUAGAGUUGCUUGAAACUAUACUUGAAUGUUGUCGCAUAAGCGCAGCGUCCGAUCUAGAGUGUGCGGUGGAAAGUAGCAACGUGAACACCACAUCCGCUCCCCCGAGUGCGUCGGAAGUGGCGGUGUGGAAUGCCAGGCUGCGCGUGUGCGGGGGGUGGGGCGGGUGCGGGGCGGGCGCGCCCCCCCUCGGCGUGUGGCUCAGGGAACACCUGCCGCAGCAAGCAGCUGCCGCGCUAGACCGGCUCGCGUCCCCGCCGCCUCUAGCGUGCAUCAACUUCGUGAGUAAUGUGUAG